AGAGCGGUGGCGGUGGAAGCGGCGGCGGCGGUGGCGACGGACGAUACCGACGCGACGAACGGACGAGCGAUCGAACGAAUGGGAAAUACAUAAAGGCUGACCUUGGUGCGCUGCACUUCGUCGGCGACGGUGUUCCGGGUUCGCCACGAGACACGUACGACUUCCGACGGCCGACGGCGUGACGGAACGGAGAACGCGAUUCUCCCAGCCAUGGUUUUCCGCAAAAGCCGACGGAACCGAAUCGUCCGUCGUCAUGAACGAGGACGCGGUCGCGGCGACGAGAGGUGACCGAGACGAGGCGAGAGGUCGGAACGAUGACGGGGCCGAGAGAGAGGCGCGGACUGACGUUCGCGUUCCUAACCUCAAAACUUGGCGCUUUUCAGGACGUCUCCGCGUUCUCCGAGGACAACUUCGACGUGAAGGAAUGGAUCAACCGGACGUUCAAGUCCGCCGAAGCGCAGGAGAACAAGGACGCUUUUGUUUCAUCAUUGGUGAUGAAGCUGCAAUUGUACGUGCAACAAGUUAACGGUGCCUUGGAGGAAACCAGUCAAUCCGUGCUCUCCAGCUUACCAAGGAUUUUGAGAGACACUCAACUCUUACAGCAGGAGACACUAGCGCUUAGAGAGAAAAUGGUCGCUGUAAAACAAGAAAUCGCCAAGGUUGAGAAGGAUACCGCUUCUUCCAUGGCGAUGUUGGAAAAGAUUGACAGAAUAAAAACAGAACUGCAAACUGCUAAGCAAGGACUGCAUGAGGCUGACAAUUGGACAGUGUUGGCAAAUGAUGUGGAGGAGGUCUUCGAGUCUGGAGAUAUAGAUGCUAUAUCUAAUAAAUUGUUCAGCAUGCAGAAGUCUCUGGCCAUGCUCGCUAACGUGGUGGAUUACGAGGAUAAAAAGCUGCAACUGGAAGGCUUGAAAAAUCGCCUCGAGGCAAUGGCCAGUCCACGAUUAGUCCAAGCGUUUACCGCUGCCAACUUAGAGCAAUCCAAAAUUUACGUGGACAUUUUUAGCAAGAUGGAACGUCUGCCUCAGCUCCUCAAAUAUUAUCACAAUUGCUUGAAGGUCUCAUUGGGACAAGAAUGGAGACGCACUAUCGAACUAGCUCAAGACGAGAACGUUACGUAUUGGUUGCACACGUAUUAUGACAAACUGUUAUCCUCCUGGCACGAGCAGGUGAAAUGGUGCCACCAAGUGUUUCCCAAUACUUCGAUAGAUAUCCUCAUCGAGGUCUACGCUGACCUUUUGAGAAGCCUAGAUCCCGGUAUCCCGGAAUGUAUAGAGGCGGUUCUGAAACAACAUUCCAAUGCGGUGCAAUUGUCCAUACUAUUAGAACUGAAGCAGAUGACGAGACACUUCGCCGUGAAUCUGAACGGCGCUAUCGAGACGUCGCUUCGCGUAAAAUCGCAAAACGAGAAGCUACUGCCGCUGGCGCAGGCUAUAUACGCACCUUACGCUCCUUACGUCGCCAAAUAUAGUACGUUUGAGACCGCGCAGCUGGAACAGCAACUCCAAUUUUUGGAUCGUUCGCACGACGACCUGAGUGACACCAUUAAUUCCCUCUCACUUAGCAUUUCUCGGGUCAUGGGUUACGCCAACGAAGCCAAUAAACGGUGUAAGCUUUUCACGGAAGGUUGCGGGUAUCCUGGUUUACUGCACUCGUUAAAUAUUUACUUCAAUAAAUAUCUAGAAAAGUAUCAGCAAGGUCUACGGCAACUCGAACGAAGGAAGGUGAAGCACGAAGAUUGGAAUUUGUUCCAAAUGUGUCUUACGUUGAUGCAAAAUAUAGGUGAUCUCUUGCAUCAAGUGCAACAAUUCGAGAAGUCGCUGGUGAUCGAUAUCACGGAAGCUAAUAACAAAUUACAAAGUACAAAUGGCAGUGUUUUCUGUCAUUACAAGAAAUUGUUGCUAAGUGCGUCGGGAUGCGCCGAUCUGGAAAAUUUAAUUGCGUCUUUCCAACGAGAGGACAAGACUAUCCUCGAUUCGAUCAUAAAAUCAAUUCAAAAACUCUGCUCCGAUUUGCAUCACACUACUUACGAAGUCAUCUUCGCCCCGAUAUUUUCUCAGUUGCUGUUGGUGCAGAAAGCACCAGCCUGGUCAUUGGAGGCCAAUAAAAUGUCCAAUCUGAGCUCGGAUCUGCCCGAUUACAGCUUCGCUCCGCAAGAAUACAUUACGCAAGUCGGACAGUAUUUAAUGACGUUACCACAACACUUGGAACCAUUUUUACUGAGGGACAAUCCGAGUCUAACGCAAGCGUUGAAGGCAGCAGAUCCUCAAUACGCCCAAGGAUCGACUGAAUCGGGAUUCACCGGCAUACUCUUGGACAUCGUUGCUCGAGGAACGUGCCAAAUGUUUCAGGAUCAAACCUUGAGUAUCUGUCAAUUGAAUUCUGUUGCCUGCAAGCAACUUGCGACAGAUAUCGACUACCUCGGCAAUGUCUUAGAAGAACUCGGCCUGAGUUUAUCGGAGAAUCUGCAACAUAUGUCAUUAUUGCUGAGAUUACUACCGGAAGAUUAUCAGAAUGGUAGUUCUGGGUGUAAUGCCCGCGUUGUAGCCGCGGUUAGGCAAAUGCGUAAUAUUACGUCUUCCGGCUGACACAAAGCGCACUUGACAGGACGGUGUUAUAACAUGAGAAUCUGUACUCAACAUAUUUUCGAUCAAGCAGUAAUCGCUUAUAACGUAUGUCCAAUUAUUUUCGUAAUUUAAAAUUAAAUUAUGAUUGCAAUUCACACUAGUUGAAGACAAAAUAUCACUUGCUCAUUAUCAUUGAAUUAUAUUAUUGAAGAUAUGUUGUAUUACUUGAAAAUAAAAACUUGUUUGAUUAUUGA